AUGGUAAGUCCAGCGCCCCCCGCCUUAUCACACCCACAACCCAAACCCUCAAGCGGACCGAAAGAAACAAAAGUGAACGUGAACCCUAACAAAUCUUCCCCCCUCGACCUACAGUUGCCGCUCGGCCUCCUCAACGCCGCCCAAGGCAGCCCCAUGCUCGUGGAGCUCAAGAACGGCGAGACGCUCAACGGCCACCUGGUCAACUGCGACACCUGGAUGAACCUGACGCUCAAGGAAGUCGUGCAGACGAGCCCCGAGGGGGACCGCUUCACCAAGCUGGCCGAGGUGUAUGUGAGGGGCAACAACAUCAAAUACCUACGGGUGCCAGACGAGAUCAUCGAGCAAGCCAAGGAGCAGCAACAGCAGCAGCAGAACCAGCAGGGAGGCGGGCAGCGGGGCCGCGGACAGGGCCAUCGUGGCGAUGGCGGGAGGGGUGAUCGUGGUGGGAGGGGCCAGGGUCGCGGCGGACGGGGGAGGGGGAGGGGUGGGCGAGAUCGAGGCUGA